AUGUACGAAGCUUCACCGCGAAUUUCCCGACAGGCCUACGGUCUGAAUGAGACGUUCGAUUAUGUUAUCGUCGGCGGCGGCCCGUCCGGCCUGGUUGUGGCUGAGCAACUAAGUCGCGAUCCGUCCGUGAGAGUCGCUCUUCUGGAAGCUGGUCCAGACGCGAGUCUUGACCCGCUGGUCUAUACUCCAGCGCGAUUCUUUCAGACAGGAGAAUACAUGUGGCAAUAUAACUCGGCGCCUGAUCCGGCCCUCAAUGGGAUCGCCCCUGAGUUGUGGCAGGGCAGGGCGCUGGGCGGCGGCGCUGCUGUGAAUGGGAUGGGCUACUGCCGCGGGUCAUCCUCCGUCUUUGAUGAAUGGGCUGAGCUAUCAGGAAAUGAUGGUCUCUCCUGGGAGUCCAUGUUUGAUGCCUUCAAGGCCACCACGCAUUUUCAGGAGGACGUUCACCCCGACGACCAGACACCAGUCAACACGACCUCCUUCGGCGACGGCCCUCUCGAAAUCACGACGCAGCGGUUUCAACUCGGCUUCGACCGGCCAUAUGUAGACAAGCUGUCAUCGGCCCUGGGACUUGAGGAGAUUGAUUUCUGCUCAGGCUACGGCAUCGGUAUCGCAGAACAGGUGGACGCGAUUAGAGCCGACAAUCGAACUCGCAGCUACGCAUGGAAUACGUUCGGAUGGCUUGCUGUGACACGACCUAACUUUGAGGUUCACCAUGAUGCAUGGGUUUCCAAAAUCGUCUUUGAGAACAAGACAGCUGUUGGAGUCACAUACACCGACACACUGACCAACACUACCCUGAGUCUUAAUGCUCGGGAGGUUAUUGUAGCUGCCGGCGCUAUCGGUAGUCCGCAUCUUCUCAUGCUCUCAGGUGUCGGGCCAGCUGACCAGCUGGAGGCUGUUGGCGUUGAAGUGUUACACGAUUCACCAGAUGUCGGCCAGAACCUCAUGGACCACCACUACGCACGCUUGGUAUAUGAGACGAUCCCUGAGAUGGGAACCGCGUGGCAGUGGCAGAAUAACAUCAGCAUCUCGGAGGAGGCUGAGGCACAGUAUGAGGCCACUGGAGACGGAUUAUUGGGAGUCCCCGACGGCAAUGUGUUUGGAGCUCUCAGGCUUCCCGACUCGGUCCUCAACGCCGACAGGCCUCACUUCAUCUACGAAUACUCGACUGCACCUUUACAAGUCAGCCUUGCAAACUACAGCACUGUCACCCCUUUUGCAGCACUGGUGCAGCCCGAGGCCCGCGGAAACGUGACGCUCGCGUCCGCCGACUACCGGAUACAGCCAACUAUCAACUCGGCCUAUUGGGCGACCCCAGCAGACAAAGCCGCUAUGAUAUAUGCCUACAAGGACUUCCGCAGCCUCAUGACAAGCCCCGAGCUGAGCCCGUGGUUGCCGGUCGAGUUGUUUCCCGGUGCCAAUGUGACCAGUGAUGAGGACAUCUGGGCUGCUAUACAGGAGUCCUCGGGGAGCUUUCAUCAUCCCAUGGGGACCGUCGCCAUCGGGACUGUACUUGAUGAAAAGUGGCGCGUGCGUGGUGUCGACGGCUUGCGUGUGGUGGGUACGCCGGCCGCCCCAAGAAUCAUCACUUGUCAUACACAGGCUACUGCCUACGCUAUGGGCUACCGAGCUGCCAUGGAUAUUGCCGCCGAAGAUGGUCUCCAAAUUGAAAGAGAGGAUUACAAUGGUAUGGACUGA